AUGAAAAACCUAUAGGGGGAAAUCAAUAAGCUUCAUUCUGAAAUUGAUUCAAAGAAGCGAGAAAUUACGAAAUUGAAAAAUGAUAAUACGUUGAGAUUAGAAAAAAUAAAUUGGAUUCAAGAAAAAGUGAGGAAAAUGUAAAGAGAAAAGAAAGUGCUUGAAUUAAAUGAUUAAACAUUAAGCAUUGGACAUGCUACCACUAAGCAUUCGACUACCACAAAGGAAGUUCAACAAUAAAACGAAGUUUAAAAACCCCCUUAACAAGAAAUACAAUUAGAGAAGAUGCAGAUGCUAGAAUUUUUUAAUUAGUAUUUGGAUCAAACAAAUAAACAAAUGGUGAAAUUUUAAGGAAAUAGGAAUAGAAAAAACGGAGAGAAGGAUGAGUAUAUCAAUCCAUAUCCUACCAUUAAUCUCAAAUAUACAAUUGAAGGUAUAGAAUAAGGUGAAAGUUCAUCAUUUCGUUUGGAUUAAUAAACAACAUUUUAAAAUUUAAAAGAAUUGGCCUUUUAUUAUUGGAAUUUGGCUCCAUAUUUAAGAAAAUUUGAUGAAAAGGAUAGUGAAAUUAUGGAUGACUUAGAGUUGACUGAUGAGAGUCAUGCAAGAAUUGAAUUAAAAGAGAAGGUUAUUGAGUUUUUUACAAAUAGAGGAAUUUCAAAUAUUUCUUAGAUUACUUUGUUGCUAUAAAAGAAAAAGACUGUGAGACCAGCUUUGAAUAGUUUAUAAAUAGAUAGUAUCAGAAUUACUGGUGGAAACAAGGCAGCUAAUUAUUAAGGAACAUUUGCUGUUCAUAAAAAUAGAAUUAAAGCUAUUGAUACAUAUAAUUUAUUUUUUGAAAAGUUUCCGGGUUUAAAAUAUUACAUUAGUGAAUUGUAGAUUUAAAAAGAAUUUUAAGAAUAAUAAAAAGAAUUAGAAAAAGGUAAUUAAGAAAAACAAGAAGAAAAGAAGUUUGAUUUGGAUGAUAUGAAUUGUCUUAUAUUAAGUUCUAUUGUCGUCAUUCUAGUAUUAGCUCUUCUUAGCUAUACAGCUUAUUUAAGUCCUAAGUAUGUAAAUUUAAAUUUCACUUUCAUUAAUAAUUUAAUUGGAAUCACUUCAAAUGGAGAAUAUAACAAAAUAACUUCGAUUCCUGAAUUUUACUAUUAUAUGGAAAAUUUCUUGGGAGCAACAAUGUAUAAUUCUGAUAAGGGAGAUAAUCCAUUUCGAUCUAAUUAUGAGAUGAUAGGAGGAAUCUAACUUAGAAUUUUACGAAGUGAUUUAUAUGAAUGUGAAAAAUAUGUUAAUGAAUUGCAAAGAUUUAGUUGUUUUGAUGUUGUUUAUGACUCAUCUAAAGCAAAUAAAUCCUAAUUCUUAAAUUAUACAUAUCAAACAGCAGAGGAAUUAGGAAUUAUGUAUUUCCCAAAAGGAAACUUAACAACAUAUACUGAUGGUGGUUAUGUGGUGGAAUUCAAUAGGGACAUGACAACGGAAGCCUUUUUAGAGAAGAUAAAUGGUUUAAGAAAAGAAUAGUUUUUGGAUGCAGCCACUGCUGCUAUCUUCCUCCAUUUUGUGAUUUACAACCCUAGUAUCAAUUUAUGGAUUUAAGCAAACUUUUUAUUAGAAAGAAAUGCUUAAAAUAAAUUAACACCUUAUAGAGCAGAAUUAACAGGGUUUAUUCCAAAUGUUUAUUCUGGCUAGGAUGGUGAAAAUUUAUUUUAGAUUGAUAUAACGAAAUUGAUAAUGGCUAGCAUUUUGUUAGCUUUUGUUGCAUAUAGAUUUUAUAAGAUUAAAUUUAAUACAGGUAAAUUAGGACCUGCAUUCUUAUAUAUAACAAUGGAAAUAGGAUUUUUUAAUUGCGGAGUUGGAAUUUUAACUAUUAUUUCUGUUGCAAUGUCAUUGUAAUAAUCACUUUAGGGUAGAGAUCCUUAGGAACUAGUGAAUUCAGAAGAUUUUGUGCAUUUGGAACUAGAGGCAGAUUUAUAUAAAAAGGCCGAAUUGUUUUUAACAAUCAGUAUAAUGUUUUUGUUCCUGAGAUUAUCUUAUAUUUUGAAAUUGAAUGACAGAAUAGCAAUCAUCUUUUUGACUUAUAGUAAGAGUUUCAAAGAAUUGCUACCUUUUUUGGCUAUUGAAUUUCCUUUAUUUUUAGGAUUUGUUAUGGUCUUUUAAAUUAUUUAUGGAAAUGUAUUUCCUUAAUAUUCCUCAUUUACCUUAGCAAUUGCCAGUUAAUUAACUAUGAUAUAAGGGUAAUUAAAUAUCACACAAUUUGUAAACUAUUCUCCGAUAGUUUCAAUGAUUGUGAUUCUUUUUUACUAUUUCUUUAUGUUAUUCUUCAUUAUUUCAUUGUUUUAAGCAAUUUUGAUUGAAUGUUUUAGAAUUGUUAUCAUGAAAAAUGGAUAUCCGUAGGACAAAGACUAAGGAUUGUCAAUUGGAGACUUAUUUAAAUGGAUGUUUUCUUGGACCCAGCUAUUUACUAGUAAAAAGAAUACUACAGAAGAAAAAUAAAAAGCUUAGUAGUAAAUCAAGCCUCAUGCAGACUAAGAAGAAAAGUAGGGAAUAAAUUCUGCAACAGAAAAUUGA